CCCUCCACUCCCACAAAGACUGAGGAGGGCGUCAUUUUCAUUUAUGAAAACAAAACAAUUUCCCUUUGAUUUAGCGUUGGUUUCAACACCUGAUAUAUUCCUUAUUUUUCUCAAUUCUAUUAGGCUACCAUGAUGUAGUGACAAUUCAUGUAGGAAGACUCUAUAAAGGUUAAAGGACAGAUUGAAGAAUGGAGAGGUCAAGUAUGGGCACAGAUCAAGGAGCUGAAACAGAAAUGAAGGAAGAUAAAACAUUGAUUGAAAGAAAGAGAGAAGAAGUAGGAGAAAACAUUGUAAUAAAACACGAGGUAGAACAAGAAACUAAACAAAUAAAAGGACAUUCUCCAACCAACCUAUCGAUAGAAAAGGAUUCAGAAGAGAAACAGUCUCCCUCAGAAAAGUCAAAUGUUAUUCAUCUUGAUAAACAACAAAAGAGAAAGCGAGACACAGAUGUAAAUGAUGAAGAAAAUAACCAAUGCGAUGUCCAGGAUCAGAAUCAACCAGAAUCUAAGAAAAUCAAGUCAUUAGCAAAGACUAGAAAAAAACAGAUCAAAACUGAUGAUAGCAAAAAGGAUACAAAAAAGGAGGAAGAAGAGGAAGGAACAGAACCUAAAUUUGAGGCUUGUCUGCUUGGGAAAGACAAGUUGUUGGUACCAGUAGACUUAGCACAAGAUAUCACAAUAUUUAGGCAAGUAAUGAGCCUGGAAACAUGGAAAAACUGUUUGAGUGAUGAGGACAGACAAAAUCUCACAAAACUUCUUCCAGUCUUUCCGGAAAAUGAUGAACAUGAAAAAUCUAUAACAAUUGAAAAACUGUUCAAUGGUGAGGAUAUGAGAUUUGGCAAUCCGUUGACUCAGUUUGGCAAGAAAUUAGUCAAUGGAUUCCUAAACCCAGAUAUUGCAAAGUAUGUGAAAGCUAGCCAGAGGGCUAAGUAUCGGGAGUACAAGUUCCAGCAACAAAAACACCACCACAGACUUCUACAGGACGUAUUGGUGUCAAGACAGAAAUUACUUGCUGCAGCCAUGACUGUUGCACCAGAACAACCUAUUGUAGUGAAGCGCCCUCAGCCGUCAAAAAUGCAUUUGAAACUGGAGAAAAAGACCAACAAGCGUUACAAACAGAUAUUAAGGGAGUGUCAUGAAGAGGCUGGGGUGUCCAGUUCGUCCUCGGAUGAAGACAGGGAUGAUGGUUAUCAGCAGGUGUUGCAGCAGCCAAAAGUUAGCACAGAAGAUUUAUAUUGCUCAUUCAACCCUUUCCCAGAGUUCCCCCCUACUCCGCUAACCCCACGAGUUCAGUCCACCUAUGCUGUCAAACCUGUUCCCAAUGAACCAACCAAGAAAGUUGGAGCACAGAUGAAUGUAAAUGAUCUUCGAAUUCAUUCUCCUGCCAAGGUCACAGAGUAUGACCUGUCACUUGUCAUUGAGCAUCAUCGUAAAAGGCGUGCACGCUUGGAAGAACACGCAGAGUUAGAUACAAAAGCAGUUAAACUGCAAGAUGUGAUCGCAAGAACAUAUAUGCAGAAAAAAUCACCCAUAGGUACACCAGUUCAACCCACAUUACCUGCUUUGCACCACAAAAAGAGGAAAAAAGAACGAGAAAAAGAAAAGUUAAAGAGGAAGAGACGCAAGUUUGUUAAUCCUCUUGAUAUGAUGUCGUUUAAUAGACUUGGAGAAAUUUCAAGUCUAGAUAAAGUUACACCACUUCAAAAACAAGCAACAAGUGAAGACGCUCCAAAGACACCUGCUCAGCUCACAGCUAAGUUCCAACCAUAUGGAUUGUAUGCAAAUUUCUUCAGUCUUCUUCGUGAUUGGUUGACAUCAAACCCAGAGAAGCGGAUGCCUCAAAGUCGUCUGGAAGAACGUGUUGACGUGUGGGAAAAGUCGCCAACAAGUAUGUUGAAUCAUUGGUACCCCUUGAAGCAGUCGUGGAGUAAAGCAUUAAACGAAGCUUUAGUGUACUUGAACAGGGAUCGUAAAGGAAGCCUACCACUUGUGUCUCGUGCCCAGUUUGUUCCGGGAGAGCCUCUACAUUGGACAUGGAUAGGUACUGGGAUUGGUGAUGGUGAUGAUGAUUUGGCAGCUCUCUUUAAACAGUGGUUGAAUAUUUCUACUGAUGAUAAUAUAGCAAGCCCACCAGAUGCACAAUCAAUGGACAAGAAAGACUCAGUUCAAAUACCAAGUCCAAGAAUGUUAGUCGUAGGCCCGGUGAAGGGAGUAUUUGGAAAAGAAAUGUCACUAAACCGAGCAAGGGAACACUCAUUGCUCGUCUCAAAACGACCACCUUAUGUUACUAUUCUGAGUCUUGUUCGUGACUCAGUUGCCAGGUUACCAAAUGGAGAAGGAACGAGGGCUGAGGUAUGUGAACUCCUUAAAGACUCUCAGUUCCUGGCGGAAGCUCCAGAUGUCCAGAUAAACACGGUUGUCAGCGGUGCCCUCGAUAGAUUACACUACGAGAAGGAUCCGAGUGUGAAGUAUGAUGUUAAUCGGAGACUGUGGAUCUAUCUGCAUAGAGGGCGCUCUGAGGGUGAAUUUGAACGUAUUCACCAAGAGCAUGGAGCAGCAGCGAAAGCUAAGAAAGCAUUACUGAAGCAAACUAAAGUGAAGUCAGUCAUCAAGGAAGCUCUGAUGAAAGCACCACAAAACCGGCCUCCUAGUGUUAUGAGUGACAGUAGCAAUGAUAGUUUAGCAAGCAGCGGUAUUGCAUUGGAUAUAUCUCAUGGUGCCUCUCCAGUAGCAUCCAUGCUUGGACAUCAAUUACCAUCAAAGAACUCUCUUAUGCAGAGUCCAGGAUCCAUCUUGCCAGUUACUAUGCCCAGUCAAAUUUCUGUUGGUAGUUCUCGUCUCAGUAUGUCCAGCAGUGGAAGCUCACAGAAGUCUAGCCAAAGUUCCUCUGGAGCGCAAACAGUAGCCCAACAGCUUGCAUUAAAUGCAGGAAAAGCAAAACAACUUCAGUUGAGUGCCUCACAACAAGCAUCUCUACCUUCCAUUCAAGCUCAUAUCCUGUCACAGCAGACACAGCUUGCUGAUAAUCCAGUGACCACAGUUGCAGCUAAAACCUCUUCUUUACCCCUUUCCAGUAUGUUAUCUCCUCUUGGCAGUGCACAACAUAGAGCUAUGGUUCGAAUGGCUUCAACAGCCCAAGGAAAUUUGACUGCACUGGAGGUUCUACAGACACAAGCUCUUCAUUAUCAAAAUCUUAGAAUGGAACAGCCAUCAAGUAUAAUAUCAACAAUCCCAACCCAGACUAAAGACAAUCAAGUUAAAAACCAAACACCACACCUCAACACUGUAUUUCCACAAGCCCUGAACCAAAAGAAGGAGAGUUUACCACAGGUGUUGCCACACCAGUUGAAUAUUGCUCUUGCACUUGCAGGACUCCAAGGCAGUGCAUCUGCAGAAGGAAAAUUACAGAACGUUAGUAAAACAUCAUCCCCAAAUUUGACUCAUCAGGCUGGUGUUAGUCUCUUAGCUGGUGGUACUAUGAUUCACAAUAUUUCUAGUACAGCUCAAGAAGGGAAAUCUGCUCAAAAUACUUCUGCUGUAACUUCACUUGUGCAACACCAACAGAAGGCCACCGCUUCACUCCCUGCUGGUGUGACAAAUGUAUUUGCUACAUCUGGUGGACAAAAAAUGUAUGUUCUUGGAAGUAAAGGUGGUGCUCCAGCAGCAAUUCAACUUACUAGUGGAAAGGCAUCACCUAUAAUGAGAGUCACAACACCACCAUCAGAAUCCAAAUCCAAGCAAACACCAGUAAUUGGUAGCCAGUCUGCAACAAUUAGUGCUAUUGCUGCUGCUCUUGGCUGUAAAGGUACUACAACAAAUCGCAAGCAGGCUACAGUUAGUGCAAUUAUUCAGCAAGCUAAUCAGAGAGCACAGGUAAAUUUACAAGCAGCUCAGGGUGUAAUACCAAAAGUAAGGGCUUCCUCCCCACUAACAGAGAGUCCUUCACCAGCAAAGCAGACCAGAAUUCCCCCAGUUUCUACAUUGUUUAAACAAGCACCAGGGGAUCAUGUUCAUGGUAGUGUAAACGUUUUGACUUCACUGGAUGGAAAGAAGCCUGCUAGCGUGCCAGUUUCACUCUUUUUACAAAGCGCCCAAGCUGGAACUCUUGAAAAUCUUGCUAAAGGGUCGCUACCUGUUCUCCACGGUAGCAUGCCUACCAGUCUUGGUCAAGCAAAAGGAAUGAUUUUUCAGAUUCCUGGAGCAAAACUUCUCCCAGCUAAUUCUAAAUUAAUAAGUAACAUGACGGCUGGCAGCAGUGGUAAAAACUCACCGAUUGUUGUCUCAACUAUUCCUAGAUCUGAUAGUGCUGUAUCCAAUAGUGAUGCACUGUCUGGUUCUCCUAAACCGCAUGUGGUGAUGGCUGUUCCUUUCACAAGCUUUCAUCAGCAGUCUGCAAAAUAUGCUUCAUCACUUGUGUCGUCGACAGGCACACAUUUGGAAACAAAGGGCACAAUUCCUUCAUUUAGUACAUUCUCUCAGGCAGUACAGACUGGAAAUAAACUGGGUCCAAUCUCCAAUGUAGCAAUAUCCAGUGCUUCGGCAGCUACUCCAAUUUCUACUGUGAUACAACCAGUUUCUAUUAUUAGACCAUCCAUGUCUCAGACUCUUCAAAAACUGUCAAUGGGUCAUGUUGUGUCUGGAAUGUCAUUAGCCCAAACCAGACCAACUGCAUCUAUAAUGAGGUCGACAGUCAGCCAGAUACAGUCAGUACAAACUCCAUCUGGCGUAACUUUUACCCAAAGUGGAUUAGGAAUUAUGACCACAUCUGAAUCAGCAGCUUCAUUGGCUAAACUGAGACAAACAUCUAGUGUUCCUAGUACUGAAUUCAGUUGUGGUAAUGUUCAGACUGUACCGCACACUACACAUCAAACUGGAGUUUCUGUGGCUAAGGCCAUAUCCCUGAUAAAGACAACAUCUUCCAGUGUUACAACUGUUCCAUCACAAACACUCACUUUUCAGAGAGGAUUUACACAUUCAGUUCCGAGGAUGCCUCCUCCUAAAAGUGUGCAAACAUCCAGUGCACAACCAGACCCACGUAACAAGACUCCAGCUUUGGGGUCACGAUCCAGUAUCACUGAGGUUAGGUAUCCAGUGACUCAAGUUAUAUCAAAGUCACCUUCAGACUUGAAACUUGCUCUUGGCCAACCUAGUAAAAAAUCAAGUCAUGUUGUGACAACUAUUCCACUGUCCACUAAGGCUCUUGCAAUCACAAGGUCUCAAGCAGGAACACUAUAUUCAUCCACACUGACACAACUACCAUCAUCUCUGCAAACCUCUACAUUGACAUCAACUGCCUCCAAAGAUAUAUCUCCAAUUAAAACAAUAAAUAUUGACCUCACAAAACAAAAAAUAACUUCUUCAGAAGUUCAGCCAGUAAUUCUGUCUUCUGAGAAGCAAGCUGUAGCAAUUGCACCAGAGGCAACACAGACAAAAUCACCUUUACCUUCAUUGCCACCUCGCCAAGUAGUAGCUACCAGUGCUGGAAAUUCACAGGCAGCUGUUCCCACAGUCGCAAAAGUUCCUGAAAUUAUUGUUGUUAGAAGCUCAUCUUCAUUACUGGAUACAUCAAGUGUGACUACCACAUCAUCCAAAACUUCAUUACCCAUAGCCAAAACUCCACCAGCUUCUUCAACUGGAGGGAGGAAGUCACCACGUCUGGCUGCUGCUGCAGCAGCUGCUGCUGCGGCAGCUGCAACCGGCCCUGCAACUGGAAGUCAAGGAACUGAACAGAAUAAAUCGGGGAUACAAAAGGGUGCUAAAAACAAAGAUGCUGAUAAGAAAGUAUGAACACACUGGAAGUUCAUUAUUAGUAAAUUUUGUCAACGAAAUUGGUAUGUAAUGAAAGAGUGGAAUAAACCUACCACGUAAUAAGUUUUAGGUUCAACAAAAUUAGAUGCUUUUUGUGUAACUAAGAUAUAUUGAGCCAUUUUAAUGGACAGGAAGUUGAAAAGUAAGAAUACAGAAAUCAUGAUUGUUGAACUACAAGAAAUUCCUUGUCUUCUGUACUCAUUUUUAGAUAUGGAGUUCCAUUAUUUAAAGGACAGUACAGGGUAUUGAUCUCAAUACAAGGAAUAAUGGUACUGUAUAUCCUUGCUGAUGUUUUACCACCUCCCUCCCCUCCCCCCAACUUUUUUGUUUUUGUAUAAAAUUGAUCAAUGUAAUAAACAAGACUAAUCAUUACA